AUGGACUAUCCAACAGAACAACAACUUCCAGUUGAAGUUCGCGAUAUCGUCAAGAAAUUUCGUGUUCCAGUUGACCGCUUGAAAGUAAUUUCUGAUGAUAUGGUUGCUGCAAUGAAGAGAGGCUUGGAAAGUGGAAGUGGACGUCAGUCGUCGAUUGGAAUGCUUCCGUCUUUUGUGCCAGCUUUGCCUGAUGGGACUGAGAUUGGCAAUUAUUGUGCUAUUGACUUAAGCGGCAAAAACUGUCGCAUUCUUUUGGUUGUUUUUGAAGGUCCAGGACAUGAGCCUGUUAAGGACAUUCAGAAUUUUGUUGUGCCUAAACAGGUUAUGACUGGAACUGGGGAGCAGCUUUUUAAUUUUAUUAUCAAUUCGCUCAAAAAGGUUUUGCGCGAUGCCAAAGUUGAAGAUCAAACAUUUCACAUUGGCUUUGUUUUCUCAUUUCCUUGCGAAUUAACCUCUAUUCGUGAAGCUCGUCUUCUUUGGUGGACAAAAGGGUUUAAUAUCCCAGACUGUUUGCAAAAGGAUAUGGUUACUCUUUUGGAUGAUGCUUUGGAGUUGAGUAUGACUGUUAAGGGCAGAGUCAAAGCCAUUAUGAAUGACACUGUUGGACAGCUUGCAGCAUCACAUGCAAAAUAUGGAGAUGAAUGUAUCGCUGCUUGUGUUAUUGGAUAUGGUUGCAAUUCUGCAUAUUUGGAGGAUGUUAAGAAUAUUAAAAAGUUUGAUCCGGAAGAGUUCAACUACAGACAUGAGAAAAUGGUUGUAGUGACUGAAUGGGAGGAAUUUGGACGUCGAAAAGAAAUGGACGACAUUAUGACUGAAUUUGAUCGGGAAGUUGACGCAGCUUCUGUCCAUGUUGGCAAACAAAUUAUUGACAAAUUGACUGGUGCUCUUUAUUUGGGCGAAUUAAUUCGAAGGAUUCUGCUUAAACUUACCAAAGACAAAAUUCUUUUUUGUGGUGAAAAAGUUGAAGCAUUGGAGAAAGUUGAUGGAUUUCCAGCUAAAUAUAUUAGUGAAAUAUUUAGUGAACCUGGAGAAAUGCGUAAAAAUUGUCGUAAAAUUUGUGAUGAAAUGGAAGUUCAGAAUCACGGUAGUAUUGACUAUUUUAUUAUGCAAGAAGUCUGUAUUGCUGCUUCUGAACGUUCUGCUGGCGUUGUUGCUGCAGCCAUUUCUGCAUUACUUCGACAUAUUGGACGCAGGAAGAUUAAAAUUGGUCUUGGUGGUGCAAUUAUUCAAUUCCACCCGCAAUAUCAAGAGAUGUUGGAAAAUUAUUUGCGGUCUAUGGCACCGAUUAAUAUUGACUGGGAACUCUGUAUUGUUGAAGAGGGCAGUGUUCUUGGUGCGGCCUUAGUUGCUGCAAUUGCCGUCAAUAUGAAUCUUAAAUAA